GUAGUUAUAGUUUCUCUGCCUUUUUUGAGAUAGAGAAAAAGACAAUGAAGAAGAUGUCAACAGUAGUAGGCUCGAGGAAAAAUUAUUAGUAUCUCCGAUGGACUGCAUUUAAUGCUGAGGGAAGCUCAGUGUGGUUUUAAUGGCUGAGUCAAUGCUAGGAGGGAAGUUUGGCUUUAGCCUUAGUUUUUUUGGAGGAUGGUGAAAUGCAAACAUUAAGGCACUUUCUCCUCCAUUUUCUAGUCUUUGCAAGACUAAGGUUGAAACACUUGGACAGUCUUACCCUCGGCGGCAGGAGAUAUAUGUGCAACUGACAUUAGCCGCCUCAACGCCAUUGUCGAUUUGUGAGAGUAUUAUGAUCAAUUAUUUAGGAAUUUUAAAUACCACAACGGAUCAGCGUUUUAAGCUGUCCAAAUACGAUCAUUGUUAGAAUCGAGCUCUUAAUCUAAUCUUAUCAUUAUAUGAUGUGAUUACUGGAUUUUUGAUUGAAGGAAAACCAAGUGGCCUAAAAAAAUUUUUUAAGCCUUUUCCAUGGCAGGAAUACAAUCAAAGUUUUACUAUUAAAAAAAACAACAAUUUUUGUUCUAAAUGAAUUGUUUUCUGGGUAUAAAAUGUUUUGGCCCACCAUUGUAAGCGGAAAGCUUUAUUCUUAUCAAUUCUGUUUACUACUUUUUGUUUUGCUCGCUGCUUGCUUAUGUAGAGCGCACUUAUCGGAGGCAGGGAUUAAUAUUGUAUAUGAAAUUGAAGUACAUUUGCCAAUAUCAAAAUUAGAAAAUAAUUUUCUUUUGGAUCCCACAUUGUUCUAUAUAYACACAUAUACAUAUAAUAUAGUAAAUAGCACGAAAACCAUAAACACUGAGAGCAAACCGGGGAAAAUGCUUGUUGAAGAGAACUUCAAUAAUUUACAAUCAAUUGUCCCAGAUAUAACACAAAUAUGUGCUUUUAUGCACAAACAUAAGGCCUGUGCAAAAACAAAACAAAACAAAACAAAAAUGCUGCAAACUGCUCAAAAUUUGAAGUGAUAACCCGAGCAGCAAAGUGGAUGCACAAGUAGGAGAUAAGAAAGGCKGUAUUAGUUUGAAAACACGCAGAUAAGACUUAUAAAAGUCAUCAAAGCGGACAAAUUUUGAGUCUUAGUGACAGUACAAUUUUAAGCAAGGCAGAGUARAGAACGCGCAAGACAAGUAAAAGGAUUACAAAUAAUUAUUUUAUUAUUUUUUUUAUAUUAAAGUACUUAAUUAGAAAUAUGGCUAGUGCAAUUGGAAAUCCUUUAAAGAAAGUCUUGCGGCAACGCAUGAAGACCGAAGUCAUACCGGCGAUUAGCGCCGAGUCUAUAGUAGARCAGUCGAAGGCAAUUUAUGAAAAGGUAAUCGCCUCCGAGGCAUUUCAUCAGGCAAAGGAUGUGAGCAUCUACCUCAGCACUGGGAGCGAAGUGGACACAUUGGCGCUGCUGCGUGAGCUCUUCAAUCAGCAGAAAAAUGUGUUUGUGCCCACCUACAAUGGCCGACUGAUGGAAAUGGUGCGCGUUAAAGACUGGGCCGACUAUGAAUCGUUGCCGCUAACCAAAUGGCACAUUAAACAGCCAAGYAUUAAGGACGGACGUGAGAGCGCCUUGACAAAUGGACGCGGCAUUGAUUUAUUCCUGAUGCCCGGUGUGGCGUUUACGUUAAGUGGCGGUCGCAUGGGUCAUGGCAUGGGUUAUUACGAUGGUUUCCUAAAGCGGCAUUUCGAUACUUAUCCUGAGAAGAAGCCAAUACUGAUGGCGCUGGCAUUCCGCGAACAAAUCGUUGAGGAGGGCACUUUGCCGCUGGAACCACACGAUGUGCGACUAACGACUGUGGUCACGGCAUAAAUUUGUUGGUUUUAAAGACGCAAUUUAGUUAUGUAUGUAUUUUAUUUUUGUUUUUGUUUUUUUUUUUGUUUU